AUGAUUAGGCAAUCAUUAAUGAAAAACGUCUGGGCUAGUUCCUCCAGAUUUGGCCUACACAGCAAGUCGGGCCUUGUUAGCUGCAGCAAAUAUAGAUCCUUCUAUUCUGCUAGAAAUUUGCUGCAGGACAAGAGCGGAGUUGUGCAAAAAGUGGCGCCCGCUACCAGUGCUGUUGUCAAGCAGUCCCUUUUCAGAAGAACUGGGAAGUUUGCUUUAAAGUUCCUGUUGUAUUCUGCCUUGGCAGGUACAGCUUACGUGUCCUACUCGCUGUACAGAGAGGCUAAUCCUUCUGCACAAGUUCCUCAAUCGGAUACGUUCCCCAAUGGAUCCAAAAGAAAGACACUGGUUAUUUUGGGCUCCGGUUGGGGGUCCGUGUCUCUUUUGAAAAAUUUGGAUACUACAUUGUAUAACGUUGUUGUGGUUUCUCCAAGAAACUAUUUCCUUUUCACUCCGUUAUUGCCAUCCACCCCAGUUGGUACCAUCGAACUGAAAUCCAUUGUUGAACCUGUCAGGACCAUUGCCAGGAGAUCUCACGGUGAAGUCCAUUAUUACGAAGCCGAGGCCUAUGACGUUGACCCUGAAACCAAAACAAUCAAAGUCAAAUCUUCUGCCAAGAAUAACGAUUACGAUUUGGAUUUGAAAUAUGAUUAUUUAGUUGUCGGCGUGGGUGCUCAGCCCAAUACUUUCGGUACCCCAGGUGUUUACGAGUACUCUUCCUUUUUGAAGGAAAUUUCGGACGCUCAGGAAAUCAGAUUGAAAAUCAUGUCUAGUAUUGAAAAAGCCGCUUCCCUAUCUCCAAAAGAUCCUGAGAGAGCAAGACUAUUGAGUUUUGUUGUUGUUGGUGGUGGUCCCACCGGUGUCGAGUUUGCUGCUGAGUUAAGAGACUACGUGGAUCAGGAUCUGAGAAAAUGGAUGCCCGAAUUGAGUAAAGAGAUUAAGGUCACUUUGGUGGAAGCUUUACCAAACAUUUUGAAUAUGUUUGAUAAGUAUCUUGUUGACUACGCUCAAGACUUGUUCAAAGAAGAAAAGAUCGAUUUAAGAUUGAAAACGAUGGUGAAGAAAGUCGAUGCUACCACUAUAACCGCCAAGACGGGCGAUGGUGACAUUGAAAGUAUACCAUACGGCGUCCUAGUCUGGGCCACAGGUAAUGCACCAAGAGAAGUCUCCAGGAACCUAAUGUCCAAAUUAGAGGAACAAGAUUCAAGACGUGGUUUACUAAUAGAUAACAAACUUCAACUACUGGGCGCCAAAGGCUCUAUUUUUGCCAUCGGCGACUGUACCUUCCACCCUGGUUUAUUUCCAACCGCUCAAGUCGCCCAUCAAGAAGGCGAAUAUCUAGCUCAAUACUUCAAGAAAGCCUAUAGGAUUGAUCAAUUGAACUGGAAAAUGUCUAGUUCUAAGGACGAUUCAGAGACCGCUAAACUAAACAAUCAAGUAGCCAAAGUUGAAUCACAGAUUGAAGAUUUCAAAUAUAACCAUAAGGGUGCCCUUGCUUACAUUGGUUCAGAUAAAGCAAUCGCUGAUAUUGCCGUUGGUGAAGCCAAGUAUAGGUUGGCCGGUUCAUUCACUUUCCUAUUCUGGAAAUCCGCUUAUCUAGCAAUGUGUCUGUCCUUCAGAAAUAGAGUUCUUGUCGCCAUGGACUGGGCUAAAGUUUAUUUCCUGGGUAGAGAUUCAUCUAUCUAA